GCAACUAACAAAUAAUUGCAGAAUUCUCAGCAUCUCUAAAAUCUGAUAGAACGUGUUUGAUGCUUUUCCUCUGAUUCUUCACUAAAAGCUCUGCUUUUAAAUGUUCUAUUCUAUUGCCCCACUUUAAGGUUGUGAGGUCUGAAUUCUCUCCCGCAGUUGAACGAUUUGAAGAUCAAACGAUUAUCUUUAUGAUUGAUUCUAUCCAUUCUUGAAGAAUCCCUAUCUGGGUAUUCUUCAAAUUGCUUGAAAAAGCUGCUUUUCAUAGCUUUAACUCUCAACUUUGAAUUCACCUUAGGGUUCGUCUCUCCUUGUUGGCCAUAAAAGUCAAGCUAUUUGCUGGAAAUAUUUGUUGGUCAUGACAAUCGAUGCUGUUUAUAACUAAUAGAUUUUGUUCUCAAGUUUGUGUUUCUUUGGAUAUAUUCUUGAGUAGUGUAAUCAAUAAUAACGGAUUCUUACUUUUGAGCGAAAUGUCUCUGUUUUUGCCUCAUUUCCUACUUAAAGUAGAUUGAAUUUCCAUUAAUGUUAUAGCCUUUCUGGAGUUGUAGUGCUUAUCCUUUCCAAAUAUUGGAAAUUGGAUGCUGCAGAUACGGACUUGUUUGACUGCAGAUAGUAAUCAUUUAAAGCAAUGACAGAAACAAUGGAUGACGGGGAGUUAGAGCGUUCAGAAAAUGUCAAUUUUUUAAAUUUCGAUUCAUCCAUCAUUCAGGGUUCUACAUCCGCUGAUUCAUUUCUUGAUGAUUUCUUUACAAACACCCGAACAUGCACCCACACCCACACUUGCAACCCACCAGGCCCUGAUGAGGCUCAUACACAUACAUGUUAUCACACUCACACCCAAGUUCUUGCAUCUGAAGAAGAUGAUCACCCGGACAUUAAAAACAGUACCAGCUCAAGACCAAGAAGGCCUUCCGGAAACAGAGAAGCAGUUCGGAAGUAUCGGGAGAAAAAGAAGGCUCAUACUGCUUAUCUUGAAGAGGAAGUCAGGAAAUUGCACCUAUUGAACCAACAACUGGUUAGAAAAUUACAAGGGCAAGCAAUUCUCGAAGCAGAGGUUUUGAGAUUGAGAGGUCUUUUGCUAGACCUUAGAGGAAAGAUUGAUAAUGAGUUGGGUGUAUUACCCUACCAAAAGCAGUGUAACAGCAAUAGUUUGUUCAAAGAAGGCGAUUGUGGGUUGCAAUCUGCUGAUGUGGAAAUCGGCCUACAAUGUCAGACUAAUUUACCAUGCUUUCAUCCACAUGCCGUGUCAUCAUCACAGGCAGGUGUUGGAAGAAGUGGGAAGAUGCUGAUAGCACGUGGAGAAAACUGUCAGCCUCCCCUUAUAGAUUGUCAAGCUGGCACAAAUGAGAUGGUGAGUGCUGAAGGACAAGCAAUGGAGACAAUGGAAACCUUGGUGUCACCUGCACCACAGGCAAAACAAGUAGCAGGUCAUUUGUAAGGCUGGCAGGCUGCCAUUGAAGAUUUCUUUUGUUAAAUCAAUGAGCUGGCCAACCUUUCCAGUGAGAAUGACUUUCGACCUCAUGUCAAAGGAGGUUUUUCCUACGAAAUAUCUAAUUUAUAGUCUAACUGUUCAUUGUGCAAUUGGAACAAGAAAAAGAAAACACUUCCUAUGUACAGUUUUCCCCUCCUAUAAUUGGAUUUUUAGGAAAUCUACACCAUCUUGUGUGGGUUGCUUCUAAUGGGCCAAACCUCUGAAGCAGACAUAGAUAUAAUCAGUGUUAUCUACUUCCAUGUCUUAUUGACAAGUACUGCAUUUCUUAUUUA